AUGCCCCCUUCAGACGCACCAUGGACAUCAUCAUCUCCAGACGCCACCGGCCGAAAAUUAAUACAGCUCCCUCUCCCUGUGCUAGACGCCCUCGGCAACAGUCAGCUUGAAAAAGCUCGCACCCUGUCAAACCUACCGCUCACGCCGUACAUCGCCACCGAAUGCGCAAGAGUAUGGAGAAGGCGGGCAGGCCAACUACGUGCAAACCCAGAUGACGCACCAUGGGUCACUCGGCUACUAGUAACUGCGGAUGGCACAGUUGUAGGACGAGCCGGGUUUCACGGGAUACCUGACAGCGAGGGAAUGGUCGAAGUAGGCUACUCGGUUGAUCCACAGUACCGGAGACAAGGACACGCCCGUGCCGCUCUGAGGAUUAUGAUUGAUGUAGCGAAGAGUGUACCAAGUGUUAGGAAAGUGCGAGCGACAGUUGCGCCGGGUAAUGUAGCUAGUAGGGCUUUGGUUGACAGCUUUGGAUUUGUAGAGGUUGGGGAGCAGUGGGAUGAGGAGGAUGGGCUGGAGAUUGUCCUUGAGAUUGAGUCGUGA